AUGACGCCCUUAGAAAACCCCGUAUCUGAGGAUUUCAUCAGCACGAAAACGGACGACGCUCCUAUACUAUGGAUAGCAUCGAAUUGCGAUGCAUGGAGCGGACGACACCAUUACGUGAAAGAAUUAAUGAAAUACAUUAAAGUGGAUAGCUAUGGCAAGUGUCUCAAUAACAAGGCGUUUCCGGAAGACAAGCAGCGGUCGGAUUUAAUGCGACAAUACAAAUUCUAUCUUGCUAUUGAGAAUUCCAACUGUGACGACUAUGUUACGGAAAAGCUGUUUGACACGAUAUCCUCAUCGACGGUGCCCAUUGUGGAUGGUCCACAAAACUACGAGGCAUUCAUACCAACCUCACGAGCAGCGAUACGGAUGGAUGCGUACCCGGAUCCCCGCGAACUAGCCGAUUACAUCAAUUACCUGGACAAGAACAACACAGCCUAUCUCGAAUACUUUGCGCAUCGACGUCAACAGGAUAUACCACUCAAAGAACGGCUCAAUCCAUCGUUUUACGGAAACUGGAGCAGCUCGGAGCUGUAUACUCAAAGGGUAAGCUGGUGUGGUGUAUGCCAUGGUGUGGCUCAUUGGUGGCGCGCUCGUCACGAUCCCUCCUAUCCGGCACCAAAUGACCAGGAGGAGUACGUACGCACAGAUUUGUCGUGUCUGGCGCCAGGGAAAUGGGACUAUGUUCGCAGAGGACCACCCUAUAUACCAAUAUGGAAGCCGUCCAUGCCAGACGAGUUCACUCGACCCUGGAUGAAGAAACGGUUGCCGCUAUAUGGUGUCGGUGACGGAUUGUCAGUUCGGAGUAUGUGGUCGACUUAUAUGCUACUCUAUUUGGUGUUCUUCUCCUUUAUUGCCCUUUUGAUGUACAAACGCCGUGGUGGCAGUAGUGGUGGAAGUGGUUAG